AUGAAAGUCAUUGAGUGGAAGGAGAAAUCGGACACUAGCACAGCAUUGCAACGCUUGCCCCGGGCCAAUGGCUUUCUGGAGGAGUUUCGCCAAGGCACCAUUGAGCGGGAGUGCAUUGAGGAGAUCUGCAGCUAUGAGGAGGUCAAGGAGGUGUUUGAGAACAAGGAGAAGACGUUGGAGUUCUGGAAGGGCUAUGCCAACUCUGUUUACUCUGUCAAGGAUCCUGGCCAGGGCUUGGAGCGCUCUGAUGCAAUGUACGUGGUGGUACCCCUCCUGGGAGUGGCCCUGCUCAUAGUUAUUGCCUUGUUCAUCAUCUGGAGGUGCCAGCUACAGAAGGCCACGCGGCACCGGCCCUCUUAUGCCCAGAACUGCUACCUGGCCAGCCGUGCAGGCCGCAGCCUCCCCAGAGUCAUGAUCUACCGAGAGACGUCGCACAGCCAGACUGAGGCCCAGUACCAGCGGGAGCCAGGCCCCAGGGUGCUCGGAGAUGGCAGAGCAGGAGGUGGCUCCCAGGUGGAUGGGACCCUUUACCCUCCAGAGCACUCCGUGUCUGUCCUCUCCAGACUAUCCAGUGCCACCCCUCCCCCUUCAUAUGAGGAGGUGACUGGGCACCCGGAGAACAGCAGUGGUGAGGAAACCGGUGUUUCCUACAAUGACCCUCCGCCCAAGUACGAGGAGAUUGUGGGUGUGUCCCCUAGCUUGGGCAAAUAAUGGUACCCACUUGCCAUGCGUGGACCCUCCUUCAGGUGCAAUUCUUGCUCUCUCACUUUUACCAGACGAUGCCAUCACAGAAUAGCCUUACCAUCCUUGUUCACCAAAAAUAACUGGCCCUAUGGGAGGGAGGCGAGGCAACAGAGUCCAGCUAGACCUCUCCUCCCCAAAGCAGGGGUUGCAACAGAGAGAAGCCACCAACACAAGAAGGCUUCUGCAAUUUUCUUUUCCCCACAUUCUCUUCACCAGGCAAAACAUAGCCAGCCCAGACUCCAUGUGGAAAGGAACCAGCUCAGAGAGGCACAGUGGCAGGUGUGGUAGGGGUAUCUGCCCAGGAUUACCUGGAUGGGAGGGUUCUGGGAGCAGCUGGCUGGGGAAGAGUCCCUAAGCCCUCCUGUGGGACUAAAGCCUGUCCCACAUAGAUGAUAUUCCCUAUGCAAUAGUGGUACCAGUAGAAGCAGGGAGGGAGGCUCCACAGAGCAGCUGCCCAUGAGAAGGGAAGCUGGCCCUGCCUUCCAUUCCCUCUUGAGUGCCAUAGCAGCAGGAGACAAGUGGCAGAUCAUCAUGGACUCUGUGUGGGGGUCGUGUUGGUGCAUUGCAUCCAAGAGAGCCGCAUCACUUCCAUGAAUUCCAGACAACUUCACGGCCACUCCAGAGCUCACCUUGGCUCCACCACUUACUCAUGCAGGUGCUGAUCCCCCUGCAUCCACAGUGCUGCAACAUGUAGAGACUGGGGCACCAGUGAUCACACACAGAUGGGACUAUUUUUUACCCCUUCUUUCAAUACCUGUUGAGCUGUUUUGUUCCCCAUCACUGGCAUUGGUUCUAGAUCUAGACAAGACUCUUGUUUUCUGCAUCAAGGUUAUGGGAUCUGGUUUGGAGGCAGGUAGAAGGAAGAGGAGAUGGUCCUGGAUUAUUCCCUACUCAUUCAUUAAGUGUUGAUGUUUAUUUUGCCUUCAGAAGGUUUACCUCUCUUUGGUUUUGCCUGUGCGGGGGAGAGAGAGAGAGAGACUGUUGAGCGCUUGACCUCUGCACAGCUUUGUACAACAUAAAAUGGAUCCACUCUCUAGCUUUGUCACCUAGACCAGUGAGCUGCACUAACUGUACUUCUCUGUCUCUCCCCUGCUUGUUCCAUCCAUCCAUGUGUUUGGUGUUGCCUUAUCUGUCAAGGGGAGGGGCUGCAACCAGGGAUCCUAUAUAGUAUUUAAAGGGGUAAAUCUAAGCAGUACUCGUAUGUAAAGUGGGUCCCUUGGUGCAGAUAUCUGAGUUUGGCUUUGUAACAUGUUUCCUGUUGAGCAUCCCCAUAUCCCACCCUCUGUAGUAGUUGGGGAUGGGGGCUUGGAGCUAGGAUCCAUGUCUAGAUUUGUCUGUGGCCAAGGUGGAUCAAUGAAUGAUCUUUCUUUUUUGUCCCUAAGCCAAAUACUGGUCCAAGCAGAUCAGCAAGGUUCUUUCCCCUUCUCUGAAUAGUAGGGGCAUCCCUUCCUCCCCACUUCUUCCUUGGUGCCCCAUGAUCUCUGCCAUUACCUCUACCACAUACUGAAUGCAGUUAAAUGGGGUGCUUCUUGGCUUCAUGCACUUAUUUCCUCCCUGUCCCACCAUUUCCUGCCAAUGCUGACUGGACCAGCUGAAGGAAGGUGGUGUGUGAAACUCCACACGUCCAGGUUGGAGGGUGCAACAAGGAAAUCUCCCCUUCUGCAGAGCACAUGAGGUGACACAGGGUAGUUACUCAUGUUAGGAACCAGAACCCUUGAAAUUUUACUCGCUGCUGGCCCAGACCUGAUUUCUCAGUUCUGCUCAUUCUGCCCUUCCACUCUGCUGCAAUCAGCUUUGAAGAGGGGACAGAAGGAGGGCCUAGAAUGGGUCUAAUCUGAGGUUAUUUAUGUGGAUGGUGCUGAUGCUGCUACCCAUAUUGAAGCCCAAGGCAUAAAGGAAUCUAGCACUUGGUGGGCUGAAAGAUUGUUGGUCUUGGGCUUGGUGACCUUGUUUCCACAUUUUUUUUGUCACCUAAGGCAAGGGCAGCAGCAGUUUUAGGAGAGGCAGGAAUGUUGGAACUGAAAUGGGAGGAAGAGGACAGGAGUGAGGAGGAA